GCGCUCAAGGCGCGCAUCGCGCAGCUGGAGGCCGACCUCUCCCGCGACGCGGCUGGCGCCGCGGGGGGCGACGCGCCCGCGCCGGCGCCCGCGCCGGCGCCCGCGCCAGUGGAGCCCCCCAGCGAGGCGGCGGCGGAGCCUCGGCCAGUGCGCGUCGUGGUUCCACACCCGCUCGACGGCGAGAAGAUGGGGCUGACCAUCGAGCAAAUGACAGUGAAGGAGUUCAAUGACGCCAGGGCCUUGCAGUUCGGCUGGGCUAAGGGCGACCGCAUUCUGCAAGUCAACGGCUUCCCCGUGACGAACAUGGGGGAAUUGUCGAAGGAGAUAUCCAAGGCGAUGAGCUCGUACAAGGUCGCGCGCAGGCCGUUGAUCUUCGAGGUGUGGCGGCAGCCCGGCGCGGGGCAGGCAUCAGCCAGCACGGCCAAGCAGCCAGCCCGGCCAAACCGAAGGAAGGAGGCGUGCUGCGGCGACGACGACAGCGCCCCGCGGGCGGCACCGCAGCCGCGGCCCGCCGCGCCUGCCGCGGCCUGCACAGCCGGUGCCGGCCGCCGUGGCGGCUGCGCCGCCGGCGUCGGCGCCCUUGGUGCAGCACGUCGCCGCGCCGCAGCUGGCCCACCCUGCCCUUCUGCCGCAGACGGCGCCCGUGCAGAUAGUGUACCAGCUGCAGCCAGGCGCCUACCCUAUGCCGGCUCACGGCGUCUACACCGUGCCCACGGCCGUCGCCCAACCGCAGGUGUACCAGGUGGCGGCGCCAGCGAUCCACCAUUCUGGAGCUCCCACGGGCGCGAGCACAGCGGUGGCUCCGCAACUGUACUACGCGUAGAUAGCUUUGGGCUAGCAAGCUUAGGAUUGAUCGUCAUGUUCGUCCCCUUGUCCUCAUAA